UUUUGGGCACCUGGCAAUCGGUAUGCACGGGACACACACCCACACAUAUACACAAACACACACGUGUUCCACAGAAAAAUUAGGAAAAGCGUUUUCCUUUUCUUAGAAAUCCGUGUUUCACAAAAUGCCCAGGCAUUCCAAGUCAGUUCGUAUCUGGAAUUACUGCACUUUUAAUCCUGUUUUUGGUCUGCUUCUAAAGAAAGCAAGUCAACCCAAACUGGAGCUUAUCGGAAUACACUAUUCCGAUAAGCUCCAGUUUGCUGUAGCUUUGAAUAUAACUGGGAAGAACGGUGGACAUUGCAAGCCAAAUGGAGGGCGUUCUCACAAAAUGGCUGCCAAAAGUGCUUACUUAGUUUAUAAACUGGUGGCUUGAGCCAGCAUUUCUCAACUUGGGCAACUUCGCGAGCUGUGGACUUCUAACAACUCCCAGAAUUCCCUAGCAAGCAGGCUUUAAUAUGGGUGGACUUCAACUCCCAGAAUCCCCCCGCAAGCAUGCUUUAAGGGGGAGGGGACUUCAACGCCCAGAAUCCCCCCAGCAAGCAUGCUUUAAAAUGAGUGGAUUUCAAUUCCCAGAACUUCCCAGCCAGCAUCCUUUAAGAAGGUGGACUUCAACUCCCAGAAUCCCCCCAGCAAGCAUGCUUUAAGGGGGAGGGGACUUCAACUCCCAGAAUUCCCCAGCCAGCCACCUUUAAGGUGGGUGGACUUCAACUCCCAGAAUCCCCUAAUAGCAACUAUCAAGGAUAGAACUCUGCAUGUCGGCUUGGGCAUUCUGGGGGUUGAAGUCCACCCAGCCUAAAGUGGCUGAAGUUGGGAAACCCUGGGCUUAGGGGACUCCCUGCCACAAACGAGGAAGCUUAAAAAGUUGACCCACACCUACUUCCAAAGCACUUCCUGGACAGUUUUCCUUUGCAGACGCUUGCAGCCUGUGUAUGCCAGGGUGAGGCUGCUCAACUCCUUUAGGUAAUUGGAAUAAAAAUUUAAUUUAAUUUUUUUCAAAAAAUGGGGGCGGGCAGAUCCCAAGAUGCCACCCACCUCUUCUUCUUCUCCCGGCUGCCAGCUGCCUGCCCCUGGAAGGCCUCGCCCUCCCCCUGGAAGGCAGCCCAGACUUGUGUGCGUGCCGACAACUUUCUUUGCCUCGCUGGGUGUGCGACAGGGAAAAUCACAUGGACUAGAGACGGGAGACCAUUCUGGAGAAGGAGCAGCCCUUGAGAAGAUUGCUGUUCCACGUGGACCCCUGCCAUGGCGCUGACUCACAGCUUCUCGCCCCCGCUGUGUUUUGCAACAGCUCAAACUCCUCCAAAGAGUUAGAGAAGCCCCAUCCUUCAUCUCCUGACCAGGAUGACCUCCAUCCCCACCUAUGAUUAUCCUGAGCCCUAUGCCAACCCCCGGGGAGGGGCUGCAGCUUUGCCCCGCAACAUCAGCCUGGUGGGACGACUGCGGCUCACCCAGCCCGUUUGGCUGCAGCUGGAUAUCAAUUCGGCCACAGCCCUCCACAUCUUGCAACGGGAACCGGCUGGGACAUUUCUGGUGCGAAGGUCCAACACCCGCCAGUGCCAAGUUCUUUGUCUCCGUCUUUUGAAUGACUCCUCGCCUGCUUUUGUGACGACUUACCGUUUACACCAGGAACGGGCAGCUAUUACACUGGAGGGAUCCGAUCGGAGUUUUCCCACGCUUCUUCAUCUCGUUGGUUUUUACUGCUCAGCUCCGGAUGUCCUGCCUCUUUCUCUACGUCUCCCGCAGCCUAUUUGGGAGGCUUCAACCUGCCAGGAGCUGGAAGCCAUUGCUCACCUGGGCCUAGAAUUCUGGAAUUCCUCUCUCAAUGCCAAGGGAUCCACCCAACUGGCUUGUUUGGGAUCGACUUCCGGCACCGAUGCACUCUCUCCAUCCCAUCCCUUGAGAGACCCCCAAGAUCCAAACAGGCCCCAGUUGGGUGGAAGAGAGCCCACCCAAGCCCCUGGCCUUCCUCCCACCUGUCUGGGUGGCCCGUCCCUUGAAGACGUGAGCGUCCGACGCCAGUAUUUCAAGAGUAACAUCAAGGUGCAAGUCUCCACCGAGGCCGCCAGCCCCCUGUCCCCACCGGCUGCUCCACCACCACCCAUUCCUGUUGGGAAGAAGAAGAGGAAGACCCCUUUCCAUCCACACCAGCCCCCUGCCUCCGAUGGGAAAAGUCCAUUUCCCAACAGCAACUUCCAAGACUUUUCCACGGACAAAGCAGCGACUGAAAACCGCUGCACUACACAGAAGCAUUUCUGAAUUAUUCUUCAGCUUCAUUGGGUCAGCACUGUGAAUGAUGGAUGAGAAACAGGUGGGGGUGCCUGCCCCCCCCUCCAUUGUUCAAAACUACAUUUCCAGUUCACCUGAGUCUUUUGGGGUUGCAGGUACGUAAGAAAUGGAAGACAAUGGUGUAUCCAAGGCAGAAAUACAGGUACUCCUCAAGUUAUGACCACGAUCAGGAUUGGAUGUUCCAUUGCAGUUGUUAAAUGAGUCACGCCUGAUUUUGUAGCCUUUUUUUGUCAUGCAGAUGUUAAGUCCUGCUUCCUCCAUUGAUUUUGCUUGCUGGAAACAUUAGAAAUUCUGCGUAUAUAUAGCACCGCAGAUCAAACAAGGUGCACAGUCACCAUGUGGUUUACUGCUUAACUGUUUAACUGAAACAGUUAGCUCUACUUAGGACAAAAGAAUAUAGAGUAUAGAGGGCAUCUAGUCCAACCCCUUGCUCCGGGCAGGCUGUGCUGAGAGCAUUUCUGAUCAAUGACCCUCCAGCCUCCGUUUGAAACUGGCCUACCUGGCAAGGCUAUCAGUGUGAAAAGACAAAUUAUACAUGCUGUGUUGUUUUUUUCCGGAGCAAAACUGAGAUCGUUCUUAAAUGUUUUCUUAACUCGUUUAUAACAAUGUCAGCCAGUUUGUGCUGGGCAGAGUAUAAUUAAGAGGUGUAAUUUUAUGUGUUUAUAUAAGCUUAGGUCAAAUCAGGACAUUUAAAGGUAUAGUAUCUAGUUAGCUGCUAGUAAUUUUUUUUGUGUGUAUUUUUCCUUUCUCUACUUAAAAGGAAUAUUUUUAAAUAAAUAUUGACAUUCCUCUUCGGCCUCUCAAUAUUUGAAGAGGUAAAAUAUUAUGCUGUGAUUGAAUGUUUUCGCUACUAAACGUUUACUAGUGUUAUUUGGCUGCUGUUACUUUUUAUAUAUAUCUAUCUAUCUUGGGUGCAGCCUCUUCUAUGAAGAGCAGGCGUUUCAAAACAUUUCAGAUAAAGUUCAUUGAUAAAAACACA